CCCGGCGUCGCUAUGACAACGCGACGCUGAGGGGAAGGAGGGGAGGUCAUGGCGGCCCUGCGGGGGAAGCGGGGCCGCUUCAGAGCCGCGGUGAUGUGGGGACAGGAAGGGUCCAUCUCCAGGGCUUGAUGUGGAGUCCUGGCCGCUCAGUAAAAAGACUCAGCCAUGGCAGGCAAAACCAAAAAACCCAAGGACGGCAAAGGCAAAAAGUCUCAAAAGGGUGGGAAGAAGGAUGUGAAAGAAGUGGAUCUCUUCAGCCCAGCUGCCAUGCUCAACGCUUACUACAUCUCUCACAACGCCUCUGCCUUCCUGGAAUUCCGAGGCUAUCCCUGGCCUGGCUCUCUCAAGAAGAAGGGGAAGAAAAAGAAGUGAAAACCAAAUUCCCCAGUGAAGACUCCUCUGUGAUUAAACCCGCCCUGACCUCUGCAGUGGUCAGCUCAAAUAUU